AUGAAUACAAUUGCUAUUCAUGAUAAUAAAAUUGGUACAAAAAUGUACAAUAAAACAGACAGCUUCAACUUCUCCAUUGAAAAAUUUCCAAACUACAAUACAAAUAUUUCAUAUCACAUAAAAUUUAACACUAUAUACAACUACUAUGCUAUUUUAACACUAUGCAGAAAUACUAAGAACAACACAUUAGAAUACACACUUAAACAACUUAUUGAAUCAGGAUACAACACAAAUAUAUUCAUAAGUAGCCUUAUGAAAUGUCUAAUCAAAAACCCUUCUAUAACAUACAAUUUAAUUAUAAUUAAUAAGUUCAACUUAGAAACCAAAAACCACAAAGAAUUCAGCUACCUCUAA